CUUGUAUUUUCUCAAUUAUAUAAAUUUUAUAUUUAAUAAUUUAUUUAUUUUUUAGGUUCUUAUACACCAAGCGCUGGAUUAGAUUUAGUAAGAAAACAAGUAGCUAAAUAUAUAGAAGAACGUGACGGGGUUAAAACUAAUUAUCACGAUAUCUUUAUGUCAAGUGGAGCAACAGAAGCUGUUAGAUCCGUUUUAAGCAUCUUGAACAAUUCAACUAACGAUAAACCACCAGGAGUCAUGAUUCCUAUUCCACAAUAUCCUCUAUUCUCUUCAACUGUUGCAGAAUACGGAAUGUAUCAGAUCAGUUAUUAUUUAGACGAAGAUAACGAAUGGGCAAUAGAUAUGAGCGAAUUAAAAAGAGCCGUUGAUGAAAGCAGAAAACAUUGCCAACCGAGAGCUUUAGUAAUAAUUAAUCCAGGAAAUCCCAGUGGAUUUGUAUUAACUCGAGAAGAUAUCCAAGAAAUCAUUCGUUUUGCUUAUAAUGAAAAUCUUUUUAUAUUAGCAGAUGAGGUUUAUCAGUAUAAUGUUUACGAUGAGAAUUCGAAAUUUAUUUCAUUUAGAAAAGUUUUAACAGAGAUGGGUCCUCCAUAUUCCGAAAUGGAAUUAGCAUCUUUUAUGUCAGGUUCAAAAGGUUUUAUGGGAGAAUGUGGAGCAAGAAGUGGAUAUUGUGAAAUUAUUAAUUUGGAUAAUGGAGUUAGAGAGAUGUUGAUGAAGUCUUUAACUGCGAAACUUUGUCCUACAAUUCUUGGACAGAUUGUGAUGUAUGGAAUAACAAAUUCUCCUAGACCAGAAGAACCUUCUUAUGAAGAGUUUACAUCUGAAAAGAACGCAAUUUUAUCGUCAUUAAAGCAAAGGGCCGAAUUAUGUUACAGGGUUUUUAACAGUAUGGAGGGAAUGAAAUGUAAUAAAGUUGUUGGCUCUAUGUAUGUUUAUCCUCGUAUUUUUAUGCCAAAAAAGGCACUGGAAAUGGCAAAAGAAAGACGACAAGAACCUGAUGAGUUUUAUGCUAUGAGUUUGUUAGAAAAUUCUGGUAUUUGUGUUAUACCAGGAUGCCUUUUUGGGCAAAGACCAGAAACUUACCAUUUUCGAUUGACAUUCCUUCCACAAAUGGAUAAACUCAAAAUAAUUCUUCAACGAAUACAAGAAUUCCAUGUAAAAUUUAUGGAUUUAUAUCGAGACGAAGAUAUAUAAAUUUGCUUCAUUUCAAAUUAUUCUUUUUUAUAUUUUGUUAAUAUUUAGUUUUCUAAUGACAAAAAAUAUCCAUCAAUAUUAAAACUUAUUGUU